AUGGAGCCCGCGGACGCGACCGCUGCGUCGAGCGCGCCGUCCGAUCCGGCGGCCGCGGAGCCGGCCGCGGCGUCGCCGGCGGUGCCGGCCGCGCCGCUGAAGAGAGCCGCCGACGUGCGCCAAGGCAUCGCCCUGGUGCUUGAAACGAUCCGCGCGGCGCCGCCAGACGAGGCGUUCACCGUCUUCGCGAUCCUCAACUACCAACACAGCGACGACGCGGCCCCGCGCCAGGGACGGUGGAAGCAGCUCGAGAAGCCCCUGCGCUUCUCCUGCACGGCGCGCGAGCUCGCGGAUAUUGCGGCGCUGAGCCGCUUCGGGCUGGCGGUCGACUUCUUGAACCACCACCACCAAGCGCCGGGCGCGUCCCAGCCGUGGAUGGACGUCGCGACGCGCGUCCUCGACGGCGGGCCGGCCAAAUUCGUCGUCGCGGCGCUGACCCUCGGCCACCACGGGCGCCUCGGCGGCGAGCUGCCGCCGUGGGUCACGCUCGACGUCGUCUGGGCGGUGACGCAAACCUUCUUCAACAGCGACGCGUCCGACCAACCCGUCCUCGUCUGUCGGCCCGGUUCGAUGAAGCACACGGGUAUGGCAGCCCACUGGCGCCGCGUCGCGAUGUGCGCUUUGGCGCUCGCGUCGCUCGCGUCGGCCCAGACGCCGACGAUGUGCGCUUUGGCGCUCCUCGCGUCGCUCGCGUCGGCCCAGACGCCGACGUCCGUGCCCACGAGCGCGCCGAGCUACAUGCCGACGACGGAGUACGCGCCGUCCGGGACGCCGACGCCGCUGCCUUCGAUCACGACGCCGCCGUCCGAGGCGCCGACGGCCUCGCCGUCCGGGACGCCCACGGGAGCGCCGACGGGGUGCCCGACCUACGGCCCCACGGUGCCGCCGACGCCCGAGCCGAGCGCCGUGCCCUCGAUAUCGCUCCCCCCGACGUCCGCGGAGCCCUCCGCGUCGCCGACGAGCGAACCCUCGAAGGCGCCGACGUCGACGCCGACGUCGGCGCCGACCUACUACACGGAGAAGCCCACGUCCGUGCCGACGUCCGUGCCGACGAGCCCGCCGACGCCGUCGCCGUCGUCGACCUUCGACCCGUCCGCGGCGCCGACGCCCGUGCCCUCGACGUACACGCCGACCGAGUGCCCGUCGCCGGAGCCGUCGCCGGAGCCGACGCGGACGCCGACCAAGUCCGUGCUCACCAUGGACAUCCGCAUGUACGUGAACCCCCACGAGGACCCGACCUUCUACCCGACCGCGCUGCCGACGUCCGUGCCGACGUCCGUGCCGACGACGCCGCCGAGCUCGAUCCCGUCGACGCCGCCGAGCCCCCACCCGUCGCAAGUGCCCACGUCCUUCCCGACGCUCUUCCCGACCUACGACACGCCCGCGCCCUCCGAGGUGCCCACGUCGACGCCCACGUCCGUGCCCACGGCGCUCCCGACGACGCCGCCGACGUCCGAGCCGACGUACAUGACCGAGCACCCGUCGCUGACGCCGUCGUCGCUGCCGACGGCCGUGCCGACGCUGAGCAACCCGCCGACGUCCGUGCCCACGGCGACGCCGACGUCCGUGCCCACCGCGCUCCCGUCGCUCGUCCCGAGCCCGUCGCCGACGAUCCUGCCCUUCGGCCGCCACUACUGCGCGGACUUCGAGGCCUUUGGGAUGGAGGCCUACUACAAGCCCGUCAUCGCCCUCGUCACGAACGCCACGGGCGUGAGCUCCGUCGAGUGCCUCAUGGCCGGCCGCGACGGCCUCCCCGGCGGCGACAACGACACGGCCGUGCUCUACGCCGUCGCGCACUUUUACGCGACGGACGAGAUCGACCGGAGCCUCGGCGAGGGGCUCCAGGACGUGGCCCUCAAGGUGAACCAGCGCAUGAAGGACAACGUCAUCCAGACGACGAAGUUCAACAAGAAGCUCAAGGCGCGCAUCCGCAACUCCUUCGGCGGGUCGCGGAAGCGCGAGCGGCGCCUCGAGGGCCCGCGCCUCGACAGGCGCACGGGCCGCAUGCUCUACGUCGGCGACACCAUGGAGUACUCCUACAACGCGACGACGGCGAUCCAGUUCGUCGACUCCGCGAACAUCACGUGGGCGCCCUCGGGCGUGCCCACGUCGGCCCCCAGCCCCCUCCCGACGACGCCGCCGUCGCCCGUGCCCACGUCCGCGCCCACGUCCGUGCCCACGACGUCGCCCACGUCCCCGCCGUCGCCCGCGCCGUCGGCCAUGCCCACGCCCAUGUGCCCGACGUGGGCGAGCCGCGACAACUGCACGAACGACUGCCUCUGCUGCACCGCGUACCACGAGAACGCCACGGGCAUGCCCGAGUUCAACCCGACGCAGCACUCCCAGUGCCUCAUGUGCGACUACGGCUACGACUGCGUCGACGACGACGGCGACGGCGACGGCUCGUGCGUCGCGAACAGCUCGUACGUCGACGGCAACAACAUGUGCGACUGGUGGCUCUGGGCCUGGAACUACGGGCCCGAGACGGCGCUCACGGACAACCCCAACGGCCACGACUACAGCGACGACGGCAGCCUCGACGACAAGUUCUACGUCAUCAACGGCCAGAACUGCAGCCGGAACGACGUCGACGUGAUCAACACGGACUGCAAGGGCCUCUUCUACUACUGCAACGAGACCCACUGCGACACGGACACGGCGUCGGGCCACGAGUCCCUGGCCCACGACCGCGAGGCGUCGCUCUGCUACGAGGACUACCGCGGCGACUCGUACCGCGGCUUCUGCUCCUACGACGUCGGCCCGGGCGCGUGCGCGCGGUGCGUGCCCGGCGCCUGCAACAACGGCCGCAACUGCCUCGAGGGGCGCCUGACCUUCGACCUCGACACGACGAACCUGCGCCGGCGCCUCGGCGCGGCGCUCGACGCCGCCGUCUCGCGCGCGCUGUCGACGACGGUGACGGCGGCGGACCUCAACGACGACGUCAACUUCACGAACGCGCUCAAGGACGUCAUCGCCGACGUCUGCGACUUCGACGACUACGGCCUGACGACGUCGAACAUCAAGGACCUGGUCGUGGCCGACAACCGGCGGCGGCUCGCCGUCGACGGGUCCGGCGAGCAGCGCGCGCUGUCGACGUCGUCCUUCGCCGUCGACUACACCAUCUCCUACGACCCCGCCGUCGUCGACGUCGACCCGACGGUGCUCGCCGCGGCCGUCGACACCGCGGCGACGGACGCGCUCGCGGACGGCUCCUUCGACACGGCGCUCACCACGUACAUGCCGACGGAGUACGCGAGCGCCGUCACGGUCACGGCCAUCUCCACGACCGUCCUCGCCACGUCCGCGCCGACCUUCUGGUCCGACACGGACGAGAGCGAGCCCACGCCGCCGGUCAUCCUCCGCCGCAUCGGCGGCGAGCCCGACCUCCCCGCCUGCGGCUGCGACGAGAAGCGCGCCGGCGAAGUGCUCGGCGAUCCCGCGAUGCUGCUGCCCUUGGUGCUCAUGUGGUACGGCGGCGCCGGUUUGGUCGGCGCCGUCGGCGUGCUGCUCAUCAAGGUCGUCGAUUCCAUGGACCCGCCCCAGCAAUGGCACGCGUCGACGGACGCGGCGAAGGAUGCGGCCGACGACGAGGCGCUCGCGCGGGCGGACGCGCUCGAGGAUCACCACGGGUCCGAGCCGGGCGAGCGCGACGCCGCGGCCGUCGCGCUGGUCGCCGUCCUGCUCCUCUGCGCUUUUGGCGUCGUCGACGCCUGGCCGACCCUGGCCUUCGCCGCGACGGCCGCGGCCGCGCACGCCGCGGGCUACCAGGCCGGCAAGCGCGAGGCCGCCGCGCCGCGCCGCGCGCCGCGCGCCGCGGCGCCGGCGCCGCGCAAGGCGCGGCCCGCGGCGCGCGCGCGCGUCCUGCGGCGGCCCGCGGGCAAGCACGGCUUGCGCAAGGUCCGCAGCGCGAACAGCCUGCUCGUCGCCGCGUCCCUCAGCGUGCCGCUCAUCAUCUUCUUCCUCCUCGGGGACCUCGCCGCGGCCGAUGCGACGGCGGGGCACCCCGACGUCGACCCGUCGUCGGAACUGCGCGACGGCCUGUCGGCGCUCUUCGCGACGCCGGUGCUGAGCGCGGCGUUGCGGGACUACGAGGCCGACGCGGACGUCCUGCUGCGAGACGUGGCGCCGGACAUCGACGCCGAUUGGCGAACGUACCUCGCGUCGCCGGACCGGCCCGACUACGAGGACCCCGGGGACUUGAACGACGGCUUCUUCCGCUGGCAGAUGCGCGCCGGCGCCUGGCAGCGGUCGCCGUCGGGGACGAGGAUCAGGGCCGCGCUCGCGCGCGCGGCCCGCGCCUACGCGGAGCGCGUGGGCGGCGACGCGCGCGGGAUUUCCGCGGACGCCCUCGAGGUCUGGGCAUCGGUGCACGACGGCUGCGACUCGAUGCACCCGCUGCACGUCCAUCUGACCGUGGCGCUCUCUGGAGUUUUAUACGUUUCGGUGCCGCCCGGCGCCGGCGACCUGGUGAUGCGCGACCCGCGGGGCUUCCUCGCGCCGUUCGACUACGGGAGGCACUACGUCACCCCCCGGCCCGGCCGCCUCGUGCUGUUCCCCGCGUGGCUGCCGCACGGCGUCGCGCUGCGACGGAGGAGCCGCGGCGCGUGCCCGGCGGCGGCGCCGCGCGUCUCCGUCAGCUUCAACGUGCUGGCGUGCCUCGACGCCGAAGCCGAGGAGGGCACGUGCUUGGACCCGACCACGGAGUUCCACCCGGCGCCCGCGGCGGCCGUCGACGCCGUCGCCGCCGUCGACGCCGCCGGCGAGCCCGCGGCCGCGGCGGCGCCUCGGAGCGCGUCGCAUCGACGGAGUCUGGGGUCGUUCUUGUGA